GGAUCAUGAUGGAUAAUGAAAUAUAACUUCCUACUGGCAGGGUAUUUCUUUUAUUUUGUUUUAAGUCUUGUUGCUGCUUGCAAGGGCUGGCUUUGGUGGUCAAACUUCUGUGGAUUUGUUGUCAUGGCUUUACCCAAAAUUCUGUUUGUUGCAGCAUUUUUUCUACUCUUGUCAUUCUGGAUUGACCUUUGCCACCAGUCAAAUGACGAUGAUGAGGAUGAAGGAUACUGUCCACGAGAAGCCCUGCUGGAGAAGAGGAGAACUGAUUCUGAUACCAAUGGUUGCAGAAGAUGUUUCUCCUUUUGGGCGAUCCGUACGGGAAGCCGGCAAAGAAUUGUGAUUUUGGUUACUGUGAUAGUUUUUGCAAUAAUGAUAGCAUGUGCUGUGCUAAUCUGGAUUGGAAUGGGAAAGAAUCCAAUCGAUUCCGAAGUCGUUGCUCAGGUAUAUGUAGAUCUUUUUGCGAUUGCUGUUCUUUUGCUGGGAGGAGCCUUGGCAUGCUAUGGGCUUAUAUUGUUCUUGAAAAUGAGAAAAGUGAGAUCUGAGCAAGCCUCAUCAGAGAAGUGGAAAGUUGCAGGUUUGGCUAUUGUAUCUGUUGUAUGUUUCACAUCAAGUGCUAUUGUUACUAUAUCUACAAAUAUACCUCUGAUUUAUUAUUGGCAUCAAGAAGAGAUAGACGGUGUAUAUACCUCUCUUCUACUGGUUCUGUACUAUUUCACAGGCUCAUCAGUGCCCUCUGCCUUUGUACUUUGGGUAAUGAGGGAGCUCCCACCUCCACUCGUAAUUAAUCGAGAGCAAGAAACGAGAACGAUAACUUUCAUCAGAGACGAUUCAGUGACACUGCCUCCGCAGAGCUGGACUGCAGCAACAAGCAUGUCGAACCAGGGAUCAAGAGCAAGUCCCAUAUGAAACAUAGUCGAAAUUUUGUUCUACAUAAUUUGCCCGAGGCAAGAAUAUGGAGAAGGAUGCUUAUACGACCAAGACUGUCACUGGUAGCACGAGACGAGAAAUAGCGUGAAUGCAAGCUUUACAUAGGAUUCAGAGUGGAGCCACAAGAAUUCUGAUUGCAUGAUUCUGACUACUUUGGCUUUUGUAUAUAUAUCAACAAUUGAUUCGCUGAAAUCUCAAGGAGAUUUCUUUUUAGUAAUAGCCUGAUCUGGUCCAGUUAAUUAGGCUUUGUUUGACAUCCUCAUGGUGUAUUGUGCCUUAACUAUUGUAUUGUGAACUGUAGUACUUGUAAUGGAGAAAGAUAUUACUUUUCUUGGAAGUAA